UUCAAAAGACAGAGCCAAAAAAUAGAAAAACUCACGCAGCCGGAAAUCUAAGCAGCACAGACCAGAAUCCGAUUUUUCGUCAAAGCAAAAAACGAUGUCGUACGACGACGUAGAGAUUGAAGAUAUGCAAUGGAGUGAAGAGUUAAACUCAUACACAUACCCUUGCCCUUGCGGCGAUCUAUUCCAAAUCACCAAAGAAGAUCUCCGACUCGGCGAGGAAAUCGCCCGGUGCCCUAGCUGCUCUCUGUACAUCACCGUUAUUUACAACAUGGAAGAUUUCCAAGAGGAUCAAUCCAAAAACAAGCCCAAAAAAAUUGAGCCUGUUAAGCAGCAGCAGCCUCUUGCCGUCGCUUAAACGUGAAGUGAAGUUCUAGGGUUUUUAAUAUUUUUAAUUUGUUGUGCUUUUUUAAUGAUUGAUGUGAUAGUAAUUUAGAGAUUAUUAUUUUGAGGAUUUUGUUAGGGUAGAAUAGGAUUAGUCGUUGAGGCUAUGUAUGAAUGUUUUUAGAUUUUUAAUUAUUCUGGUUACACUGUUUUUGACUAAAUUUAAUUAUUGGAAUGAACAAGUUUAAUUUUUGAAUCA